CCCGCCUCGCUGCUGCCCCCUCCCCGGCUCGCUGCGGUGACAAAUCCGCUCCUCGCCCGCCUCCUCCGCCGAGCGCUCGCAGCCGAGCCGGGCGGCGCCGGGAAGCGCUGCCGCGCGGCUCUGCACCGGAGCCGGCCAGCCCCAGCCCCAGCCCCCGGCCAAGCCACAGCAGGCAGCGGCGAGGGGCGCGAUGGAGGCUCCGCGCCUGGCGCACACCAUGAGCAGCCCCACGAGCCCUUGUGAGGAGGUGAUCAAGAACCUCAGCCUGGAGGCGAUUCAGCUCUGCGAUAGGGACGGGAAUAAAUCACAAGAUAGUGGGAUUGCAGAGAUGGAGGAGCUUCCAGUCCCACACAACAUCAAAAUAAGUAACAUCACAUGUGAUUCCUUCAAGAUUUCUUGGGACAUGGAUUCUAAAUCCAAGGAUCGCAUUACUCAUUAUUUCAUCGAUCUCAACAAGAAGGAAAACAAGAAUUCCAACAAAUUCAAACACAAGGAUGUACCAACCAAGCUGGUGGCCAAGGCUGUUCCUCUGCCCAUGACAGUGCGUGGGCACUGGUUCCUGAGCCCCAGGACAGAGUACACCGUAGCAGUGCAGACAGCCUCGAAACAGGUCGAUGGCGAUUACGUCGUUUCAGAGUGGAGUGAAAUCAUUGAGUUUUGCACUGCAGAUUAUUCAAAAGUUCACCUAACACAGCUAUUGGAAAAAGCUGAAGUGAUUGCAGGCCGUAUGCUUAAACUGUCUGUUUUUUAUCGGAAUCAGCACAAAGAAUACUUUGAUUAUAUCAGAGAGCACCAUGGGAAUGCUAUGCAGCCCUCUGUUAAGGAUAACAGUGGCAGCCAUGGCUCUCCGAUCAGCGGGAAGCUGGAAGGCAUCUUCUUUAGCUGCAACACUGAGUUUAACACCGGGAAGCCACCUCAAGAUUCACCCUAUGGAAGAUACAGGUAUGAGAUUGCAGCUGAAAAACUCUUCAACCCAAAUACUAACUUGUACUUUGGAGACUUCUACUGCAUGUACACAGCCUACCACUACGUCAUCCUUGUGAUCGCCCCCGUGGGGUCACCAGGAGAUGAGUUCUGCAAGCAGCGCCUUCCCCAGCUAAAUAUAAAAGAUAACAAAUUUCUGACCUGCGAUGAAGAAGAUGGGGUCAUGGUUUACCAUCAUGCCCAGGAUGUUAUUUUGGAAGUAAUUUACACUGAUCCUGUGGAUCUCUCCCUUGGCACAGUUGCAGAAAUUACUGGUCACCAACUAAUGAGCUUGUCUACUGCAAAUGCAAAGAAAGAUCCCAGCUGCAAGACCUGCAAUAUCAGUGUUGGACGUUAAAACUUCCUUCGUUCCUUAGGAGCCUUCAAACCUCUGUUGCCCAUUUCCAUAGUCAGACAGUUCUGUCAGAAGCAUGCACAUGCCGCUGUCACCAAAAGCAACUACCAGUCUUCAAAAUCUCCAAUAGCCUUCUUAGGAUCUCUUCUCUCCCUCUUUCCCUUCUGUUCCCCCGAUGCUUUAAAUGAUUAGAAGUCCUGGAUUUCUUUCUGGCAACCAUUUAUACCUAGAUGCUGCAAAAAUUGUUUUCUGUUUCUUGCCAAACAUAACAAAAUCCUAUAUAAACUGCUUCAGCAAAAUAAAAAUAACGGCUUAUAAAUGGUGUUUAAAUAUGCAUUCAUUUUAACUACUGAACAAGUACUGGGAUAACUGAACAGCAUGAAAGGUUGUAAUUGCAGCAUGAUUUGAAUUUCAGAGCCUAGAAAUGUCAGCACUUCCAACGUGUUGUUUGACAGUGUUAUUUAUGUUAUUUAUAUUAGCUAACUGAAAACAGAAACUGUGUCUCGACAUAAUAAAUAUAAUAGAAAAAUAUUUUAUUUGUACUGUUGUAUAAAAUAUUAUACAAUCAUAUAGAAUAUAUAGAUUACAUUUUAAUAUCAAUUGUAUACAUGUCAUUAAAUCAUUUUCCCUUAUCAAAGAUGUAGUUUGUAAACUUCAAAUAGCUCUGUAUCUGUUCCUGUUGCUCUAGAUGACUUUAAUUAAAACAGAUUUAUGAAGACCA